AUGACAACCAAGAUACGCAUAGUGAUUCGAUCUUUUGAGAAGAAAUUCUUGGAAAACCCUUUUGGGGGGCUUCCGCGUGACACACGAAAGAUUGGAUUGCCUGAAUCACGAGUCAAAUAUACUGUGUUACGAUCACCUCAUAUUGAUAAAAAGUCCAGAGAACAAUUUGAAAUGGAAAGAAAGAAACAAUUGCUGGUCAUCAAAACAGAAACGCAUGAAUUGCGCAAGAAGUUCUUUCGGUUAAAACGCCAGCGUAUAUUUGGAGCUCAAUAUGAAAUCCUCUUUUCUUGCAAGACCCGUUCGGAUAAGGGCAAACCCCUGAUGACGCUUUGA